UCGCCUGCCGCAUACUACGUACGUCGCCUCGCCCGUCUUUUCGUUUCCCGGUUCGCCUCGCCUCGCCCGGCCCUCCUUCACGUCCGAAAAGCACAUCAGCAUCCCGAUACCGAAGUGUGCAGAAUGGCACCUAAACGAAAAGCAGCAGCGGGCACCAAAGGUGCAAAGAAAGUGAAAACUGAGUCGGAGGAGCCAGAGGAUGCCUUCCGAUCGGCCAAGGAGGCCCUGAAGUCUGCGGCCAAAGGAAAGGGCACCGCCAAGGUGGAUGCGGCCUGUUGCCUCAGCAGAAACCCUGAUGCCAAGGUUUAUGCCGACUACGACUGCAUGUUGAAUCAGACCAACAUCGGCCACAACAACAACAAGUUCUACAUCAUUCAGGUCAUUGAGGCGGGCACCUCGUUCUACUGCUGGAACCGCUGGGGCCGUGUGGGUGAGGUGGGCCAGUCCAAACUGUCGUCAGCCUACGGCAUGCUGGCCUCCGCCCAAAGGGAUUUUGAGAAGAAGUUUAAGGACAAAACCAAGAAUGACUGGAAGGACAAGGACAACUUCAAAGCGCACCCCGGGAAGUACACGCUGAUCGAAGUGGAGGGCGAAGGGGAGGAAGUGACCAGCGUCAAGACGGACACGGUGGAUGGAAGAGUCAAGAGGGUUCUGCCCUGCACCUUGGACAAACCGACCCAGGAGCUCAUCCAGCUCAUCUUCAGCAAUGACAUGUUCAACAACGCCAUGGAGACAAUGAACCUCGACAUUAAGAAGAUGCCCCUGGGGAAGCUCAGCAAGACGCAAAUCGCCAAAGGGUUUGAGGCCCUCGAGGAGCUGGACGCGGCUCUUCAGAGCAAAUCCUCCAAGGCGAAGCUCGAGAAGCUCUCAUCCAGCUUCUAUACGAUUAUCCCCCAUAACUUUGGGCGCAUGCGGCCGCCUGUCAUCGACUCUGAAGAAGUCAUACAAGCCAAGAAGGAAAUGCUGCUGGUUCUUGCCGACAUUGAAGUGGCUCAGAGUCUCCAGGCAGAAAAACAGAAGGUCAAGGUGGAAGUGGAGGAGAGUCCUCACCCAACUGACCAGGACUACAUGCUACUCAAGUGUGGCCUUAGGCGCCUAGAUGAAAAGUCGAAAAACUACCAGAUAAUCAAGAAGUACCUGAGUGUCACCGGAUCACCGUCACUGGAGCUUCUCAACGUGUGGGAGGUGGACCGGGACAAAGAGGGCGAGCGUUUUAAAACCCACGAUGGCAUAGAAAACCGGCGCUUGCUGUGGCACGGUACCAAUGUGGCGGUCGUUGCAGCAAUCUUGAAAAGUGGCCUCAGAAUCAUGCCUCAUUCUGGAGGACGAGUCGGGAAGGGCAUCUACUUCGCGUCAGAGAACUCCAAGUCAGCAGGCUAUGUGUGCCCCACCUCCAACAGAAUUGGCAUCAUGUUUCUUAAUGAAGUAUCUCUGGGUAAGGAGUACACCAUCACCGCUGACGACGGCCGUUUAGUACGGGCACCGGAGGGCUACGACUGCGUUGUGGCACGAGGUCAAACAGAACCAGAUGCCUCCAAGGACACGAGCAUCAUACUGGAUGGCAAGAAGGUGAUGGUUCCCCAGGGGAAGCCGCUGUCACAGAAGGAGUACAACAGCAGUUAUUUCUCGCAGAGCGAGUACGUCAUCUACAAGGAGAGCCAGUGCCGUAUCCGCUACCUGCUGCAGCUAAAGUUCUAAGGACCACCAAAGGACGCGGUUAAAGGGGAUGCCAGAAGUGCUCUGUCACGUGAGCUUUGAAGACAUGGCCAUGUGAAAUGAUGCGGUCGCUUGAGUAACAAUCGCCAGAGAAGAUCAGCCCAGUGACGUCCCAAGAAUCGGUGUGGCCAGCAGAAUCGGUGUGGCCAGCCAUCCCCUAAGCUGGACCUUCAAAUGACCAGGAUGUACUGGACUUGCAUUUCGUGGCAGAGUCUGAUUGGCUACAAAACCUGUGACGUCACUGGGAUUUUUAUGAAAAUGGCCGCGUUGGCUCACUCAGAGCUCCCGUAGGAGAGGGCACUGCUGGCUAUUGAAAGAUGGCACAAUGCGUCGACUUGCUUUUAAAUGGGGCCUGCCCAUUAGAGGGCCCUGACCGUUGUGCCACUCCUUCAAUCCCCUGACUAUCAACGGCAUGCUGAUGAUCGAAAAACCAGACCCAAGCUCACUCCCAGUCUCAUCGCGUUGAUGUACGCACACUCACGCUUUUACAGCCCGUUUCUGGUGCCCUGAUCUCAAGCGUUUACAUUGUGAGGUGGUCAGCUAAAGAUCACAGGGUGCAUGUAUGGCAUGGGUGACAGCAGACGCCUCAUUACUGACCGACCACACUACAAGCAUGGGUUCAAGUGGCCACCGGGCCUCUGACCCACAGCCUUACUAGGAGCCAAGUGCUCCCAUAAGGCAAUGCUGCUAGAUGACUGUGCCCACUGCCCAACUCCCACACUGUAACCUCAAGCAAACUCGGUGCCUUUUACGACAAACACUGACAUGGGCCCCAUGCCACUCAGUCACCCCAAUCACCGCAUUGCUUCUCACCGAGUUAAGCACUCGAUGUCAAAAACAGCGAGGUGGUGAUGAAUGAAUGUGUGGCUUGGGGCCCAGCCUGCCUGCUUCUGACCCACAGCCAUGGCACUGCCCUUCAGGAUUUGGCUCCUCCCAUUGCUUUAGUGUGACUCUCGAUUUCAAAUGGGCGAGGAGUUGAGAGUUGCGUCUGGUGGCAGCUGUCCCUGUCCAUCUCAGACCAACGACACCUCCACCCGUGUGGAUCUACCUGGCCCCUCGAGGCUUGUGUGUGACAACCAGUUAAGGCCGCCAUCAGCCCCUCGGUCAGUCCCCAAGACUGCGAUAAUUGGUGAAGCCAGUCCCAUCUGUGAAGGCCAUUCAAGAGCUGGACUUGAACUGGCGUCACGAAGGUACCUGCCGAGUACCCCUAUGAGGUGAGCCCAAUGGAUGCCACUGCUGGUCCUCCACUUGUGGUACGGCAUGGCUCAGGGAAGUGGCUUUUUGAUUCUGGCUGCAACAUGUGGCGCUCAGUGGUCUUCAUUGAACGUUGGCGUUGUUUUGCGUUGCCUUUACUGAUGGGCUCCUGAUUUGCACUUGGCAUUAGGAAUGUGGAAACGCUGCUGACCUUCUAGCUCUUCAUAAAUGAAGAAACGGCCUUCAGUCUCAGCUUGUGAGAAGUAAAGCAGACGCUGAUCAAGUAAAUCAAGAGCACAAAUUCACAUUGCCGUCCUGAACUCGGGUUUGACAUUAAAACACAUACUGGUAAUGCACAAUCAAGAGGGAAAGAAGAACGGCAAGCUGGCCAUUAGAUGAGCCUCAAAACUCGGAAUACACGGGCGGGCGGGCCGGCUGGCUAUCCAAUUCCCAAAUGCCAUACAUCUGCACACGUCGGCCUCGUUUGGUUUACCGUUCAUCCUCUUAGAGUCUUCGAUGUCUUCGCGUUUGCUGUGACGCCUUGAGACGUGCAGACACUCGUGGAUACUGUGGCUCUAAGCCCUAAACUGGCGGGGCUGAGGACCACCUGCUUGUUUAACAUGUCAUAAUAAACAAUGGGCUGGCUGGCUCACUCUGCUUCUGGCUUUCUGUCUCCUACUAAAUUGAGCUUAAUAAAUAAUACUGGAAGUCA